GUGACGAGGGGCAGCCCCGCUCCAGGCGCGCGGGGCCGGCCGGAGCCCGGCCCCUUUUGCCGGGGCCAGCUGCGGGCCUGGAGCCGCGGGCCGGGAUGAAGCAGGCGCUGGUGGACGACACCGAGGAUGUGUCCCUGGAUUUCGGGAGCGAGGAGGAGCUGGCGCUGCGGAAAGCGCGGAUCAGGCACCCACUGGCCACCUUUUUCCACCUGUUUUUCCGAGUGAGUGCUAUUGUUACCUACUUGUUCUGUGACUGGUUCAGCAACAGCUUUGUUGCCUGUUUUGUCACUAUUCUCCUCCUUCUAUCCUUUGACUUUUGGUCUGUCAAGAAUGUGACAGGAAGACUCUUGGUUGGUUUGCGUUGGUGGAACCAGAUUGAUGAAGAUGGAAAAAGUCACUGGGUGUUUGAAGCAAAAAGGGUGCCUACAGUAGCUGCCUCAACUGAAGCUGAAGCCCGAAUCUUCUGGCUCGGUCUCAUCAUCUGCCCAGUGAUUUGGACAAUGUUUUUCUUUAGCACCUUGUUCUCCUUGAAGCUGAAAUGGCUGGCUCUCGUGAUUGCUGGGAUCUCUCUCCAGACUGCUAAUUUAUAUGGCUACAUCCACUGCAAGUUAGGAGGACCAAAAACCAUCAGCAGAGUAACCUCACGGUUGUUUGGCACCACAGAUGUUCCCAAGAGACAGAGCAGGAGAAUUGCAGAAGAUGGCACUGAAGAUCAUGGGAAGAUGGGCACUAGUAACCAAAUAAGGAAGAGCUAAAGGAUGAGCA